UGUAGUUUUAAAAACUUGGAUCAUAAAUCAUUGUCAAACAAGUUAGCGAUAGGACACGCACCCAUCCAAGUGUUCAACCGGGAAUAAUGCACAUUCCUAACACUUGGUAGUUAGAGCAGCCCUGGUUUCACAAUCUGCCAUUUGCUAUUUGACUGAAACAGACAAUAAUUUGUUUUGUUGGUAAAAAAAUGAGCACGCCUGCAAAAAGCACUGGCACCGGACUGGAGGAUGUUAAUAUACCGGGUCAGGCAUUUCUACGCGAAGCACUCACCUCAUGCACGGAUCCACUGAAAGCUAUCGAAAGUUUCCAACUGGAAAAUGGUGUUUUGUUACCCUCCCUGCGACCGAUGUUGCCUUUAUUGGAUUUGCACGGCGUGCGACGUCUGGAUUUUCAUACAUCUCUUAUGGAGGAACUGCGCGACAAGCUAAUCGCGCACAUUAACGAAUUAGGCCAGAAGGAUCCACGUGAACGUGAAAAGAAACUCAAAGAUCUGUUGGUCAAGAGUUUUCCCGUGGUACGUGUCAAGUAUUUACGUCCUGUUGUGAUGGCCAUACUCCGGAAUACCCAGCACAUCGAUGACAAGUACUUGCGUGUUUUGAUGCGCGAUCGCGAACUCUAUGCGGACACGGACACCGAAGUCAAGCGGCAAAUAUGGCGCGAUAACCAAUCGCUGUUUGGUGAUGAGGUGUCUCCGCUACUCUCGCAAUAUAUUCGUGAAAAGGAGCACAUUUUAUUUGAUCAUACCAAUCUGAAUAACUUGUUCUUCCAGCCCACGCCGAAAGUGCGUCGGCAGGGCGAAGUUGUCCAAAAGCUAGCCAACAUGAUUGGCAAUAGCGUGAAGCUUUAUGAUAUGGUGCUCCAGUUUCUGCGCACUCUCUUCUUGCGCACACGCAAUGUUCAUUAUUGUACACUGCGGGCGGAACUGUUGAUGGCGCUUCACGAUCUGGAGGUUCAGGAGAUCAUCUCGAUUGAUCCGUGUCACAAGUUUACGUGGUGUCUGGACGCUUGCAUUCGGGAGAAGAAUGUGGAUAUCAAACGGUCGAGGGAACUUCAAGGAUUUCUGGAUAACAUCAAGCGGGGCCAGGAGCAGGUGUUGGGCGAUCUCUCGAUGACUCUGUGCGAUCCGUAUGCCAUCAAUUUUCUGGCCACCUCGGCCAUCAAGAUUCUGAAUCAUCUGAUCAACAAUGAGGGCAUGCCGCGAGAUAAUCAAAUUUUGAUUCUAUUACUACGCAUGUUGGCAUUGGGGUUAAGCGCCUGGUUCAUGAUCGAUACACAGGACUUUAAGGAGCCGAAGCUUGAUAACCAGGUGGUGACCAAGUUUCUGCCUGCGCUUAUGUCGCUCAUGGUGGACGAUCAGUGCCGGAGUCUGCAUGGCAAGCUACCGCCCGAUGAGCGUGAAUCCGCAUUGACGACCAUUGAACAUUCGGGUCCGGCGCCGGACGCCGUAGAGGCCUACAUUCAAGAGAGCUCGGUUGCCAGUAUUUUGGCCAUGUACUAUACGCUACACACGGCUAGGGUCAAGGAUCGCGUCGGCGUACUGCGAGUGCUGGCCAUAUUGUCUGCCUGCAAGGAUGAUCGUGCCUAUGAGGAUCCUUUCCUGCAUUCGUUGAUCGCUCUACUCAUACCCAUGAGCGAGGAGUUUGCCACCGAAGACUUUUGCACCACACUCUUCGAUGAGUUCAUUUUCGCCGGCUUGACCCGCGAGAAUGUCACCUCCAGACACAUGCUGAAGCUGCUUUGGUACAUCUACAACAAGUUGCCCGCUGGUCGCUUGGCGACAUUGAUGAAGGCCAUGCAGCCAACGACGGCGCACAAUGAGCACAUACACAAAUUAUACGAGACGCUGCAGGAGCGCAUUGGCACACCUGUAACACCAGACGCCGCCACACCCACCAUACUGGAUCAGCCGCCCGCUGAUUUCGAUUCGCCUUUAAAAAGCGUGCCCACGCCAGGACCACAUUAUAGCGCACAAUAAACUAUUUACGUAGAGCAUAAAUCAUACAUAUACAUAGUUACUAAGCUCCAAGCUAGUCUUGUCUACAUGUAUAUCAUAUACU